GCACGUCCUCCUCGUGGUGUUCUACUGGUAGGUCUUCCCGGGACAGGAAAAACACUUCUAGCUAAGGCCGUCGCUGGGGAAGCUGAGGUUCCUUUCAUCAGUUGUUCUGCAAGUGAGUUUGUAGAAUUGUAUGUCGGUAUGGGAGCAUCACGUGUCCGGGACCUGUUUGCACGGGCAAAGAAGGAGGCACCUUCAAUAAUUUUUAUCGAUGAGAUAGAUGCUGUGGCAAAAAGCCGUGAUGGUAAAUUCCGCAUCGUAAGCAAUGAUGAAAGAGAGCAGACACUGAACCAACUACUCACUGAGAUGGAUGGAUUUGACAGUAAUUCUGCUGUAAUUGUCCUUGGAGCAACAAAUCGCUCUGAUGUUUUAGACCCUGCUCUUCGCCGACCUGGAAGAUUUGAUCGUGUAGUGAUGGUGGAAGCGCCUGAUAGGGCUGGAAGAGAAGCUAUCCUAAAGGUACAUGUCUCCAAGAAAGAACUUCCCCUGGCACAAGAUGUUAAUCUUGGUAACAUCGCUUCUAUGACUACUGGUUUCACGGGGGCAGACCUUGCAAAUCUAGUGAAUGAAGCUGCUUUGUUGGCAGGAAGGCAGAAUAAAGUUGUAGUUGAAAAAGAAGAUUUCAUUCAAGCUGUUGAGCGUUCAAUUGCGGGCAUUGAGAAGAAGACUGCCAAGCUGCAGGGCAGUGAGAAGGCUGUAGUUGCAAGGCAUGAAGCAGGUCAUGCAGUAGUUGGGACUGCUGUUGCAAAUCUUCUUUCUGGGCAGCCACGGGUUGAGAAGCUAAGCAUAUUGCCGAGAUCUGGAGGGGCUUUAGGAUUUACUUAUAUUCCUCCAACCAAUGAGGACAGAUAUCUGCUAUUUGUUGAUGAGUUACGGGGAAGAUUGGUCACUCUUCUUGGUGGACGUGCAGCGGAAGAAGUCUUGUACUCUGGACGUGUAUCUACAGGUGCUCUUGACGAUAUACACAGAGCAACAGACAUGGCCUACAAGGCAGUGGCUGAAUAUGGUCUUAAUGAAACCAUUGGCCCUAUUUCAGUGGCAACUCUUUCCGCUGGUGGAAUGGAUGAUAGUGGAUCCAUGCCCUGGGGAAGGGAUCAGGGGCAUCUUGUUGAUCUUGUCCAAAGAGAGGUCAAGGCCUUACUACAGUCUGCACUUGAUAUUGCACUUUGUGUUGUACGUGCUAAUCCCACAGUUCUUGAGGGGUUGGGAGCUCAAUUGGAAGAGAAAGAGAAAGUAGAAGGUGAAGAACUACAAGAAUGGUUGAGCAUGGUCGUUGCACCGGCGGAACUUAACUUUUUUGUUAAGGGCAAGCAAGAGUCUUUACUUCCAUUGCAAGCAAGCUCUGGAUGACAGCUGCAAGCUUAACCAAGUCAUCUGUAUCAAAAGAAAAUUCGAGUAAGGACUUUCACGUCAUCAUCUUUGCUCUAAGGAAAACAAAGCUAUAUUCCUGGACCAGAUGGACACGGCGUGCUGGCACCCGGCCAGCUUGAUUUUGUAUGUGUUACUAAGGUCAUUGACAGCUACUUAACUCCUAUAAACUCCACUGUUAUAUACCACGAUCACAGGUUGGUAAUUCAAAGAGAAGGCAUAUACUAAAGAUGAGUCAAGAGUUUUCUUGAUCCUAGAAGUGAAAGGAAAAUAGGCUUGUGAUCGAAGUGAUGUUUGUUGGUAUAUUUCUUCUACGUCACUUGUACAUGUGCAAUUAUUCUUAGUAGUUACGAGAAUCAAUAUUUGUAUCAUACAUCUGUACCUCAUCUUACAAAGAAGUAAUCCAUGUUCUGAUGUUGUGAGAUGAAAACUGUGUAUACAAUGUAAUCUUUGCGAUUAUGGGACAAAAGUAUCAUUAGGCUGCUAUAAUUCUUGACUUAUGUAAAUGUUGAUAGUUUAUCUUAUUAGUAAGAUUUCUUACAGCCCUAUGUUUUUGUAAAUUAGAAGUAUUUGAUGAGAUGAAAUGUUGAAAAGAGGCUUGUAAGUGCA